AAUAAAAAUAAUAAAAACGAAACAAAUAUACUUACUCCACACUAUUAACCAACUACCAAUCCUCGUUUACUUUAAAAAAGGCUCUCUCGGAGUGCGAACCCACAAACUCAAACUGCUGUCUUACUUUUACUUUUUAUAUCCCUUUUGCCUUUUAGAUAGGAUGGAACCACAGCGCGUUACUUCGAAAAGCUCACGGGAACUUCAUGGGGCACGCUCGCUGUGGUUGCGGAACACACAUAAGACGCCUUCUGCCGCCGUAUGCCGCAGUGUGACGCAUUAUGACGCCGAAUGCCGCGCCGUGAGCCGUCAGCGACAAUGGAGGGAAAGCCUGGACAAUAGCAACAAGGGGGACUUGCGCCAGGGGCGCGACGAGGUGCGCGGCCUGAAGUCAUCGCCAUCGCAUCGCAUCGCAUCGCAAAGCCCAGGGAUUGUCGAUCACGCGGCGCUAUACUCUCUCUCUCACUCACUCACUCUUACACAACGCAACGAGACCGCUCGUCAAAACAUCCGCACUCCAAACCCACGUCAUUGCAUUAAUGGCCCAAUUUCUGCAGUGCUUCGGGUUCGGUAGAUCUCUAGAAAGCGGACCUCUGCGGGGAGGGGUUGGACCACACCGGGGGGGUUAAAUUUGGGCUUAUUGACUGAAUCCUGGUGCUACAGCCUGCCGUCCUGCUUCAUCAUGCGCCUCGUUCGCCCGCCUGCA